GCCCCGCGCAGCCAUGGAGUCGCUCCUGCUGCCGGUGCUGCUGCUGUUGGCCGUACUGUGGACGCAGGCAGCCGCCCUCAUUAACCUCAAGUACUCGGUAGAAGAGGAGCAGCGCGCCGGGACGGUGAUCGCCAACGUGGCCAAGGACGCGCGCGAGGCGGGCUUCGCGCUGGACCCACGGCAGGCCUCUGCCUUCCGUGUGGUGUCCAACUCAGCUCCGCACCUGGUGGACAUCAACCCCAGCUCGGGCCUGCUGGUCACCAAGCAGAAGAUUGACCGCGACCUGCUGUGCCGCCAGAGCCCCAAGUGCAUCAUCUCGCUCGAGGUCAUGUCCAGCUCAAUGGAGAUCUGCGUGAUUAAAGUGGAGAUCAAGGACCUGAACGACAACGCGCCCAGCUUCCCGGCGGCACAGAUCGAGCUGGAGAUCUCGGAGGCGGCCAGCCCAGGCACGCGCAUCCCGCUGGACAGCGCCUACGACCCGGACUCGGGCAGCUUUGGCGUGCAGACGUACGAGCUCACGCCUAAUGAGCUUUUCGGUCUCGAGAUCAAGACGCGCGGCGACGGCUCACGCUUUGCCGAACUCGUGGUGGAGAAGAGUCUGGACCGCGAGACACAGUCGCACUACAGCUUUCGCAUCACUGCCCUCGACGGCGGCGACCCGCCGCACUUGGGCACCGUUGGACUCAGCAUCAAGGUGACCGACUCCAAUGACAACAACCCGGUGUUUGGCGAGUCCACCUAUGCGGUGAGCGUACCAGAGAACUCACCUCCCAACACGCCGGUCAUCCGCCUCAACGCCAGCGACCCAGACGAGGGCACCAAUGGCCAGGUGGUCUACUCCUUCUACGGCUACGUCAACGACCGCACGCGUGAGCUCUUCCAAAUCGACCCUCACAGCGGCCUGGUCACAGUCACUGGUGCCCUAGACUAUGAAGAGGGCCACGUGUAUGAACUGGACGUGCAGGCCAAGGACCUCGGGCCCAAUUCCAUCCCGGCACACUGCAAAGUCACAGUCAGCGUUCUGGACACCAAUGACAACCCGCCGGUCAUCAACCUGCUGUCGGUCAACAGCGAGCUGGUGGAGGUGAGCGAGAGCGCCCCCCCGGGCUAUGUGAUUGCACUGGUGCGGGUGUCUGAUCGCGACUCUGGCCUCAAUGGGCGCGUGCAGUGCCGUUUGCUGGGCAAUGUGCCUUUCCGACUGCAGGAGUAUGAGAGCUUCUCCACUAUCCUGGUGGAUGGACGGCUGGACCGGGAGCAGCACGAUCAGUACAACCUCACGAUCCAGGCGCGUGACGGCGGCGUGCCCAUGCUGCAGAGUGCCAAGUCCUUUACUGUGCGUAUCACCGAUGAGAAUGACAACCACCCGCACUUCUCCAAGCCCUACUACCAGGUCAUUGUGCAGGAGAACAACACACCCGGCGCCUAUCUGCUCUCUGUGUCGGCCCGAGACCCCGACCUGGGUCUCAAUGGCAGUGUCUCCUACCAGAUCGUGCCAUCGCAGGUACGGGACAUGCCUGUCUUCACCUAUGUCUCCAUCAACCCCAACUCGGGCGACAUCUACGCGCUGCGAUCUUUCAACCACGAGCAGACCAAGGCAUUCGAAUUCAAGGUGCUGGCCAAGGACGGCGGCUUGCCCUCGCUGCAGAGCAAUGCCACGGUUCGGGUCAUCAUCCUCGACGUCAAUGACAAUACCCCGGUCAUCACGGCCCCACCCUUGAUCAAUGGCACCGCCGAGGUCUACAUCCCCCGCAACUCUGGCAUAGGCUACCUGGUGACCGUUGUCAAGGCAGACGACUACGACGAGGGUGAGAACGGCCGGGUCACCUACGACAUGACCGAGGGCGACCGCGGCUUCUUUGAAAUAGACCAGGUCAACGGCGAAGUCAGAACCACUCGCACCUUUGGCGAGAGCUCCAAGGCUUCCUAUGAGCUUAUUGUAGUGGCCCACGACCACGGCAAGACGUCUCUCUCUGCCUCUGCGCUCGUCCUAAUCUACCUAUCCCCUGCUCUCGACGCCCAAGAGUCGAUGGGCUCGGUGAACUUGUCCCUGAUUUUCAUUAUUGCCCUGGGCUCUAUUGCCGGCAUCCUCUUUGUCACUAUGAUCUUCGUGGCAAUUAAGUGCAAGCGAGACAACAAAGAGAUCCGGACCUACAACUGCAGUAAUUGUUUAACCAUCACUUGUCUCCUCGGCUGUUUUAUAAAAGGACAAAACAGCAAGUGUCUGCAUUGCAUCUCGGUUUCUCCCAUUAGCGAGGAGCAAGACAAAAAGGCAGAGGAGAAAGUGAGCCUAAGGGGAAAGAGAAUCGCUGAGUACUCCUAUGGGCAUCAAAAGAAAUCAAGCAAGAAGAAAAAAAUCAGUAAGAAUGACAUCCGCCUGGUACCCCGGGAUGUGGAGGAGACAGACAAGAUGAACGUUGUCAGUUGCUCCUCCCUGACCUCAUCCCUCAACUAUUUCGACUACCACCAGCAAACGCUGCCCCUGGGCUGCCGCCGCUCUGAGAGCACUUUUCUGAACGUGGAGAAUCAGAAUACCCGCAAUACCGGCGCCAACCACAUCUAUCAUCACUCUUUCAACAGCCAGGGCCCCCAGCAGCCAGACCUGAUCAUCAAUGGUGUGCCUCUGCCCGAGACCGAAAACUAUUCUUUUGACUCCAACUACGUGAAUAGCCGAGCCCAUUUAAUCAAAAGCAGCUCCACCUUCAAGGACUUAGAGGGCAACAGCCUGAAGGAUAGCGGACAUGAGGAGAGUGACCAGACUGACAGUGAGCAUGACGUCCAGCGGAGCCUGUAUUGUGAUACUGCUGUCAAUGAUGUGCUGAACACCAGUGUGACCUCAAUGGGAUCUCAGAUGCCUGACCAUGAUCAGAAUGAAGGAUUUCAUUGCAGGGAAGAAUGCCGGAUUCUUGGCCACUCUGACAGGUGCUGGAUGCCCCGGAACCCCAUGCCCACCCGCUCCAAGUCCCCUGAGCAUGUGAGGAACAUCAUCGCCCUGUCCAUUGAAGCUACUGCUGCUGAUGUUGAGGCUUAUGACGACUGCGGCCCUACCAAGCGGACUUUCGCAACUUUUGGAAAAGAUAUCAGCGACCACCCGGCUGAGGAGAGGCCCACCCUGAAAGGCAGGAGGACUGUUGAUGUGACCAUCUGCAGCCCCAAGGUCAACGGCGCUAUCCGGGAGGCGGGCAAUGGCUGUGAGGCUAUUAGCCCUGUCACCUCCCCCCUGCACCUCAAGAGCCCUCUGCCCACUAAGCCUUCCGUGUCUUAUACCGUUGCCCUGGCACCCCCGGCCCGCGAUCUGGAGCAGUAUGUCAACAAUGGCCCUUCUCGUCCCUCUGAAGCUGAGCCCCGUGGAGCUGACAGUGAGAAAGUCAUGCAUGAGGUCAACCCCAUUCUGAAGGAGGGUCGCGACAAAGAGUCUCCUGGCGUGAAGCGUCUGAAGGAUAUUGUUCUCUAAACUGGUCUCGAGGAAGAAGAGAGAGAAACCAUGCUGGCUAGUGGAGGAGCAGGAGCUGAUAGUUUUAAUUGCUUGCCAAUGGUUGGUUCUUGAGCGGCUGUAUUUCAGAGCUUUCCCUAAAUGUAUUGUUUAUAAAUGACUAUCAUUCUGUGACAAUCCCUCUCGUUUCAACAGGCAGUGGGGGUGUUCAGUUGGAGCAAAUUAGCUUUGGCUUGAGUUGUUCAUGGGGCCUUGAUAUUGAGGAAACAGAGACAAAUUCAGUUGUGAAAAGUAUUAUGUAUUAAGUGUUUGAAUUUAUAUAUUUUUCUAUGUCAAAAAGAUAAUAUAAAUUACCAUUGUUUGUGGAGGAUUACCUUAAAAAAGCAAACAAAAACAAAAACAAAAA